AUGACACUUGUCUCGGACCUUGCCGCUGCAUCGGCCCAUGUACACGACUCUGCCAAACUUUCCAGUGGCGAUUAUGACCGUCGACUUCGCGAGUUGGUCGAAUACUUGAGGCGGCUUCUGUCCACUAAGGCCCUUGACACCCUUGCCAAUGACGAAUCAAUCCUCGAUCGCUUCGACCCAGCAAAGGAUUCUAUCCCAUAUCUUUUUAUCCUUCGGCUGCAGAUUCAAACCGCGCAGGCAACUACUGGCGAAGCAAUCCCAACAAAAAUCCAGCCUUCCGCCACUCCUAGCUACGAGGCUGAUUAG